GGAAGGAGAAAGAACCGAGGACUGUGGAGAGACAGACGGAGGUCGGCCGGAGAGGAGGAGAAGGAGUAAAGAGUCGCGGAGAGGGGGACGGAGGCCGGUUGGAGAAGGUAGACGGAGGUCGGUUGGAGAGGAGGAGAAGAAACCGAAGAUCGUGGAGAGGCAGAAGGGGGCCGACCGGGGAAGGCAGACGGAGAUCGGUCAGAGAGGAGAAGGAACCGAGGACCGCGGAGAGGCAGAAGGGGGCCAGUUGGGGAAGGCAGACGGAGACUGGUUGGAGAGGAGAAGGAACCGAGGACAGCGGAGAGAAAGAAGAGGGUCGGUUGGGGAAGGCAGACGGAGGCCGGUCGGAGAGGAGGAGAAGGAACCGAAGAUUGUAGAGAAACAGACCGGGGUUGGUUGGAGAAGGCAGACGGAGGACGGCCGGAGAGGAGGAGAAGAAGUACAGGAUCGCGGAGAAGCAGACGGAGGUUUGGAAA